AGCCAGGUUCUGAUAAUAGCUCUAGCCCUAACUCUCCGUGAGUCGAGGUUGGGGGAAGGAAUCCAAGACUCCCUCGCCGGAUCAGGACCAGGACUAGGUCUUCGGCGAUGGCUUCCAAGCGGAUCCUCAAAGAGCUCAAGGAUCUCCAGAAGGAUCCCCCCACAUCCUGCAGCGCAGGUCCAGUGGCUGAAGAUAUGUUUCAUUGGCAAGCAACGAUAAUGGGUCCACCUGACAGUCCAUAUGCAGGGGGAGUCUUUCUAGUUACUAUUCAUUUUCCUCCGGAUUACCCAUUCAAACCACCUAAGGUUGCUUUCAGGACCAAGGUUUUCCAUCCAAACAUCAAUAGCAAUGGAAGCAUUUGUCUCGACAUUUUGAAGGAACAAUGGAGUCCGGCAUUAACCAUUUCCAAGGUACUGUUGUCGAUCUGCUCCCUUUUAACAGAUCCAAACCCAGAUGAUCCAUUGGUUCCGGAGAUUGCCCAUAUGUACAAGACCGACAGAGCCAAGUACGAGGCGACUGCAAGGAGCUGGACGCAGAAGUAUGCAAUGGGUUAGAACCAGAAAAGGUGGAAGGUUAUCGGGGACCCUAUCAAAUGUGUCUGUUGUUUGUAGGAAUGAAAUAACCUAUAUCUAUGUCAUUUAACCUUUCAAAGACGAGAAAAGAAAGCUUUAUCAAGCUAUCCGGAACAACGAUUUCAGAUGGUUGUAUUUGAUUGUUGCCAUAGGUUUAAUAUCAGAACCAUAAGAUUAUUCCUUGGAUUU